AUGUCUUUCAUACUUUAUUUUUUAAUAAUUGCUCCUCUAUUCUUAUUGAUAGGAAUCUAUAAGUUAUGUUUUCAAAGUAAAUUUGGGAAUCGAAGAGAUUAAUUUGGACCUUUACAUGAAAGAAUGAAAAAAAAAUUAUUUUUUGGAUAUGCUGAAUUAAUUCACACAAUGUCUAAUGAAGACCUUAAAGUGUUAUAAUAAACUUAUGAAAACACUGUUAAAAAUGCUUAAUCAAUUAAAGUUUAAGGUGUAAAAAAAGUUAAAAAUUUAUCAAAAAGUCUUAAAAAGGUUUUAUUUGUAGAUGAAUAGGAUCAGAUAACAACUGAGCAAUCUAAUUUAAUUUGAG